AGCGGCGGCGCGCGGUCACUGCUGGCCCGGGGGUCGUGGGGAACUGGCGGCUUGCCUGCUCCAGGAAAAGUUGUGCCUCGCCUUAUUCUCGCAGCCAUGAUAAAGGGCUGCUGAUCUCUGCACCGUGAUCUUCGUUAAGUGGAAGUGGAUUAUUUUUUUCUGUGUAUGUGAAACUGUGAAUAGAGCGACACGAUGGCGGACAGCGAGGGGUCGUCCGAGCAGGAUGACGUCUCAUUCCUCCGCACGGAGGACAUGGUGUGUCUUUCCAGCACAGCCAUUGGAGAGCGCGUGUGUCUGGCGGCUGAGGGCUUCGGUAACAGGACUUGCUUCCUUGAGAAUAUUGCUGACAAGUCUCCAGCAUCACAACAACCGCCUCCUGAAACUCGCAGCGGAUGUCCUCGGCCUUCCAACAAUCCUCCUGACCUAUGCCAGGGUGUCUUCCUCAUCGAGCAGGCGUUGUCCGUCCGCGCCCUGCAGGAGUUGGUCACCGCCGCCGCCAGCGAGGAGGAGCAGGGGACUGUUGGUAAGGGCACAGGCUCAGGCCACCGAACUCUUCUCUACGGCAAUGCUGUUCUCCUGAGGCACAUGAACUCUAUGAUGUACCUGGCCUGCCUCUCUACCAGCUCGUCCAGAGACAAGCUUGCCUUCGACGUGGGUCUCCAGGAACACUCCAUGGGGGAGUCGUGCUGGUGGACCAUUCACCCGGCCAGCAAGCAGCGAUCCGAGGGUGAGAAGGUGCGAGUAGGCGACGAUCUCAUCCUGGUCUCCGUGGCCACCGAGCGAUACCUGCAAGCGACACGUGAGGAUGAACAGAGCAUCGUCAACGCCUCCUUCCACGUCACCCACUGGUCCGUCCUUCCCUUCGGCACCGGCCUCUCCAGACUCAAAUUUGUCGCUUGCGUGUUUGGCGGUGAAGUUUUGAGGUUCUUCCACGGCGGUGACGAGUGUCUCUCCAUCCCGUCCACGUGGAGCGACCAGCCUGGCCAGAACAUUGUGGUGUACGAGGGCGGCUCCGUCACGUCCCAGGCUAGAUCGUUGUGGCGUCUGGAGCUGGCCAGGACCAAGUGGGCUGGCGGUUACAUCAACUGGUUCCACCCGAUGCGCAUCCGACACAUCACCACUGGCAGGUAUCUCGGCAUCAACGACCAGAACGAACUCGUCCUUUCGCACAGGGAUGAGGCAACACUCGCGGCCACGUCCUUCUACUUGAGGGAGGAGAAGGAUGACAACAAGGUGAUUCUCGAGGACAAGGAUCUGGAGGUGAUUGGCGUACCCCUUAUCAAGUAUGGCGACUCCACGGUCAUUGUACAGCACGUGGAGACUGGACUCUGGCUCUCCUACAAGGCAUUUGAGAUCAAGAAGAAGGGCGUGGGCAAGGUGGAGAUCAAGCAGGCGACGCUACAAGAGGAAGGAAAGAUGGAUGACGGUCUGAUCUUCUACAGGAGUCAGGAGGAGGAGUCACGCACCGGUCGAGUCAUCCGGAAGUGCUCACACCUGUUUAACACCUUCAUUAAAGGACUUGACAGCAUCCAGACGUCACGCCGGAUCUCAAUUCUCCUGAAGAUGGUGAGCCUGAAGGAAAUGAUCCACUGCCUCGAGGACUUGAUCAACUACUUUGCCUACCCCGCGGACGAUCUUGAACACAACGAACGUCAGGUGGCCCUCCGUGCUCUCAGAAACCGCCAGGACUUAUUCCAAGAGGAGGGCAUCCUGAAUCUGAUCCUGGACGCCAUCGACAAGAUCACCGUCAUCACUGGCCAGGGCUUCAUGGUGGCACUGGCUGGAGAGGAGGCAGGCAUGGACUGGGACGUGAUCUCUGGUUACCUCUACCAGCUGUUGGCUGCUGUCAUCAAGGGCAACCACACCAACUGCUCACAGUUUGCCAACAGUCACCGCCUCAACUGGCUCUUCUCCCGCCUGGGCUCAGCUGGCGAGGGCACUGGCAUGUUAGAUGUGUUGCACUGUGUUCUCAUUGACUCCCCUGAGGCACUCAAUGUGAUGAAGGAGGAGCACAUUAAGGUUAUCAUUGCCCUGCUGGAGAAAUAUGGCCGUGACCCCAAGGUACUGGAUGUCCUGUGUUCCCUGUGUGUGGGUAAUGGGACGGCUGUGCGCUCAUCACAGAACAACAUUUGUGACUACCUACUGCCGGGACGCAACCUGCUGCUGCAGACCCAGCUGGUGGACCACGUCUCCAGUGCACGCCCCAACAUCUUCGUGGGUCAAGUGGAGGGCUCGGCCAUCUACCAGAGGUGGUACUAUGAGGUGACACUGGACCACAUUGAGCAGUCCUCGCACCUGGCCCCUCAUCUGCGCAUCGGCUGGGCCAACACCAAGGGUUACGUGAGCUACCCGGGCGGUGGCGAGAAGUGGGGUGGCAAUGGUGUGGGUGACGACCUGUAUUCCUAUGGCUUUGACGGCUCCUUCUUGUGGACUGGCGGACGAUACACCCUCGUGAACCCCAUUGACUCAGUGCCAUUCAUCAAGAAGGGAGAUGUGAUUGGCUGUGCCCUCGACCUGACAGUCCCUAUCAUCACCUUCUACGUGAAUGGCAGGCAGGUGAACGGGGCCUUCACGGGCUUCAACCUGGAUGGCAUGUUCUUCCCUGUGGUCUCUGCCUCUGCCAAGCUCAGUGCAAGGUUCCUUCUGGGUGGAGAGCACGGCCGCCUUAAGUAUCCUCCGCCAGAUGGCCACUCACCUGUGUCUGAGUGUCUCCUCCCCUUCCAGACACUAGCUAUUGACCCCUGCUUCUACUUUGGUGAGCAGCACAAGGGUACCCUGGCAGGGCCCUUGCCUAUUCAGGAUGACUUGGUUUUCGUCCCCAAGCCUGUGGACACCACCAGUAUCCAGCUGCCAGGCUACAUUGAGCAGGUCCGGGACAAGCUUGCAGAGAACAUUCAUGAGAUGUGGGCCAUGAAUAAGAUUGAACAAGGCUGGACGUAUUCUGAGCGGCGUGAUGACCUGCGUCUCCACCACCCGUGCCUAACCUCCUUUGAGAAGCUGCCUCCCAGCGAGAAGCGAUAUGACGCCACCCUCGCCCUCCAGACACUCAAGACUGUGCUGGCACUUGGUUACCACAUCACACUGGACAAGCCGCCCAGCCGCAUUCGCUCUGUCAGGCUGCCCAACGACCCCUUCUUGCAGUCCAAUGGGUACAAGCCACAGCCUCUUGACCUCUCCCAGGUGAGCCUGACACCCAAGCUGGAGGAGCUGGUGGAUGAGUUGGCUCAGAACACACACAACAUCUGGGCCAAGGAGCGCAUCCUGCAGGGCUGGACCUACGGCCUCAAUGAAGACCCAGAGAUGCGCCGCUCGCCCCAUCUGGUGAGUUACCUCAAUGUGGACGAUGCCAUUAAGAAGGCUAACCGUGACACCGCCUCGGAGACCAUCCGCACCCUGCUGGUAUACGGCUAUCUGCUGGAGGCACCCACUGGAGAGCAGGCUGAAGCCACAGCAGCAGCUGAAGGGGACAAGCACGGCAUUGGUCACCGCACCUACCGCUUGGAGAAGCCCAAUGCCGUAACCUCAGGCAAGUGGUACUUCGAGAUGGAGGUACUCACAUCAGGUCCAAUGCGUAUUGGCUGGGUGGAGGUGUCCAGCCAGCCCGGCAAGGAGCUGGGAAGCGAUGACAAGUCCUGGGCAUUUGAUGGUUUCCGUCAUACCAAGAACCACCUGGGAGUGACAGAGUCUUAUGGACGCCGCACCCACAUCGGCGACAUUGUGGGUGUGAUGUUGGACCUUCAUGAUAAGACCAUCAGCUUUUCACUCAACGGCGAGUUGAUGAUGGACGCCAGUGGUUCUGAGACGGCCUUCAAUGAAGUACUGGGCGAAGCCUUUGUGCCGGCUUGCACUCUUGGCGUGGGACAGCGGGCACACUUGGUCUUUGGGCAGGACAUCAACCACCUCAAGUUCUUCACUACCUAUGGCCUUCAGGAGGGAUAUGAACCUUUCUGCGUGAACAUGGAGCGACCCGUGACAUUCUGGUACACCAAGGACCAGCCCAUCUUCGAAAAUAAUGAAGAUUUUCACGACUCCACGAUCGAAGUGACACGCAUCCCUGCCGGCUCUGAGACACCACCCUGCCUCAAGAUCUCCUCCAAGAUGUUUGAGCAAUGUGAGAAAGCCAACUGGGAGUUCCUGAGGCUGUCACUUCCGGUGGUGUGCGAGGAUGUGUUUAUCGAAGAGGAAGAGAAGGCACAGCGGUGGAUGGAGGUGCGCAAGAGACAACACACACUGAAGCACGGCGAGGUCCAACCCUCCAUCGCCUUCCAGAGUUCCCUUGUGGACACUGGUUUCUCUCUCUCAGACAUCAAGGAAUUACACUACAGCAAUGAGGAGGGUGUGGAGGCAGAUGAGGGCAUGGCUAAGAAGGCUGUCGCAGAGGAGAAGCCAAAGGUUGACUCAGCAGGCAAACUAACAACUGAGGCAACUACGGAAGGAGGAGAGGAGGCUGCUGCGGAAACCAACGACAGAAAGAAGCGCGGCAAGUCUCCCUUCAGGUUUUUCAGCAAGAAGCGUGAUGCAAGUAGUGACCGUGCCAAAAGUAAAGGCCGCACCCCUGAGCCCACCGGGAGCAACCUGGAUGUGCCACGACCCCCAAGGAAGAACCGCUCACCUUCUGUCCGUGUGGCUCAGGGUGGUGAGGGCAAGCUGAUGCCUCCUGCUAUUCCAGAGAGACAGCAGACUGUUGCUGAGGAGGCCCGGGAAGAGGAGAUGUUUGACAGUGAGUGCCUCAAGCUUAUGAAUGAAUAUUUCUAUGGUGUGAGGAUCUUCCCUGGUCAGGACCCGGCUCAUGUUUACAUUGGCUGGGUCACCACACAGUAUCACAUCCACGACACCACCUUCGACCAGAGCAAGGUUCGCUCUGUCAUUGUGCAGGAGUACACUGAGGAGGGACACAUCCAGAGCGCUGUGGAGCGUCACAGCUGCUACAUGUUCCGGGCAGAUGAACUGCAUGCAGAAGUCACAUCAGACACUGGUGGAAAAGGUGCCUCUCAGGGGAUGUUCGUUGGGUGCUUUAUCGACACAGCAACAGGUUUCAUCACACUGCAGUGCGAUGGGAAGGAAACACGCCACAAGUACCGCAUGGAACCUGGCACUAAACUGUUCCCUGGCGUGUUCCUAGAGCCCACCAGCAAGGAGACACUGCAGAUCGAGCUUGGUCGCACCCCUACCACACUGCCCCUCAGUGCUGCCGUCCUACAGAACAGUGAUAAGCAUGUCAUUCCACAGAUGCCGCCUCGUCUGAAAGUUCAGAUUCUCAAGCCACAUCAGUGGUCGCGGGUCCCCAACACCUCACUCAAGAUCCACGCCCUCAAAUUGUCUGACAUCCGUGGCUGGUCCAUGCUGGCUGAAGAUGCAGUACCAAUGCUCGCCCUCCACAUCCCCGAGGAGGACCGAUGCAUUGACAUUCUAGAGUUGAUUGAGUAUGAUAAGUUGCUGAGCUUCCAUGCACACUCACUAGCCCUAUAUUGUGCUGUGUGUUAUCAGAGCAACUACCGUGCUGCUCAUACUCUCUGCUCACAUGUGGACCAAAAGCAGCUACUCUAUGCCAUGCAGUCCGAAUACAUGUCUGGCCCACUCAGGAUGGGCUUCUACAACCUGCUCAUCUCUCUUCAUCUGGAGAGCUUUGCCAACACCAUGGAAGUGACCCAGAAUGAGUUUAUUGUGCCACUAAGACCAGAACUGAAGGAGAUCUAUGCACAGGAGGAGAUGGGUAACUCAAUGUCUGCCACCCACACCGAAUCAGUGAGGCCUUUGAUGAGCAUGUCUGACAUCAGUGAACAAUUCACCAUCCCAGACAGCCAAUCUCUCCACUCCACUUAUGAUACUCCCUCUGGUGGCUACAUCAGCACCAACAUCGAGACCAUCAAGGGACUCUCUUCCCCUCACUUCCCAUUGGACGUAGCACGAGAAUUCGUCAUGUGCGCCCUAUCUGAAGCUGUCAAGACCAACCAAGUGCAUAACAGGGACCCCAUUGGUGGCUCCAAUGAAAACCUGUUUGUGCCAUUGCUGAAACUGGUGGACAAGCUGCUGCUGGUUGGCAUCCUGCAGGACGACGACAUCACAAAGCUGCUCAUCAUGAUCGAUCCCCGCAAUUGGGACCCUGACUAUGAUCCUGAGGGAAAAGAUGAAAAUCGCAAGGGUCUGGUAGAUAUGGAAAUUGCUGAGGGUGUGAAACUGCAGCUGUGUUAUGUGCUGCACCACCUGUUGGACCUGCAGAAGAGACACCGUGUGGAGAGCCUUAUUGCCUUUGCUCAUGACUACGUUGGUGAGGUCCAGCAAGAUCAGCUGCGGAGAUACAUCGAGAUUAAGCAGUCAGACUUGCCUUCAUCUGUUGCCGCCAAAAAGACCCGAGAGUUCCGUUGUCCACCUCGUGAGCAGAUGAAUGCCAUCCUAGGCUUCAAGAACCUAACUGAUGAGGAACUUGAGGAAACACCCUGUGGAGAGGACCUCAGGAAGAAGCUCCUGGACUACCAUGAUAGACUUAUGACAAAGGCAAAGAUUCCAGCUGGACCUGAGGAAGAGGGAGAGGCUGAGGAGACCCAAUCACCAGAGUCCAAAGGAGUGGUGUCCAAGUUCGUGAUGAUUUUGGGUGGCCAGAAGGAGGAAGUGGCAGAGGAAGUUGUCGCUCAAGAACCUGAGGUGCUGGACCCAGCCGACAAGUUCAAGAAGGUGCUCGUUGAUACCAUCGUCCGCUGGGCCUCUGAGUCCUUCAUCGAGACACCCGUCCUCAUCAGGGAAAUGUUCAGUUUGUUGGUGCGUCAGUACAACAGCAUUGGGGAGAUGAUGGCAGCCCUGGAAAAGACCUACGUGAUCAGCAGUAACACCAAGAAGGAUGUGGAAACCUUGUGGCUGUGCUUGAGCAAAGUGCGUGCCCUCCUACCUGUGCAGAUGUCCCAAGAGGAGGAGGCUCUCAUGCGGGAACUGCUCUGGACACUUGUCAACAACCACAUCUUCUUCCAACACCCUGACCUGAUCCGCAUCCUGUGUGUGCACGAGAACGUGAUGGCCGUCAUGAUGAACACGCUGGGCCGCCGUGCUCAGGCUGCCGGCGAGACACAGACUCCGGAGGGUGAAGUCACUCAGACUAAGGAGAAGGAUACGUCGCAUGAGAUGGUGGUAGCGUGCUGCAAGUUCCUCUGUUACUUCUGCCGGACGGGUCGCCAGAACCAGAAGGCCAUGUUUGACCACCUGCCCUUCCUGCUGGAGAACUCUUACAUCCUGCUGUCCCGGCCAUCCCUGCGUGGGUCGACACCCCUUGAUGUGGCCUACUCCUCCCUCAUGGACAACACUGAACUUGCCCUUGCUCUUAGGGAGCAUCACCUGGAGAAGAUUGCAGUGUACUUGUCCCGCUGUGGCCUGCAGAGUAACAGUGAGCUGGUAGAGAAGGGUUACCCAGACCUUGGCUGGGACCCAGUGGAAGGAGAGAGAUACCUGGACUUCCUUAGGUUCUGCGUGUGGGUGGGAGGUGAGAGUGUUGAAGAGAAUGCAAACCUGGUAAUCCGUCUUCUGAUCCGACGCCCAGAGUGCCUUGGUCCUGCUCUGAGAGGUGAGGGAGAGGGUCUCUUGCGGGCCAUCAUGGAUGCCAACAAGAUGUCUGAGCGCAUUGCUGCCCAGCGCCUCGGUGCUGAGGCUGAGGGUGCUGUGCCCAUUGACCACCCAAUGCCGGCUGGUGAUGAUGAUGAAGACUAUAUUGACACUGGUGCUGCCAUCCUGGCCUUCUACUGCACCCUCGUAGACCUGAUGGGCCGCUGUGCCCCAGAGGCCAAUGUGAUUGCCCAAGGAAAGAAUGACAGCCUGCGAGCACGUGCCAUUCUGCGCUCUUUGGUGCCCCUUGAGGAUUUGCAGGGUGUGCUCUCCCUGCGCUUCACACUGUCCAAUACAGCUGCUGAGGAAGGCCGCAGUGACAUCCCACCUGGCCUCAUUCCUGCCCACAAGCAGAGCAUUGUCCUCUUCUUAGAGCGAGUGUAUGGAAUGGACGACAAGGAGCUGUUCUUCUCCCUCUUGGAGCAUGCCUUCCUGCUUGACCUGCGUGCUGCCACAUCACUUGACAAGUCUGAUGGCUCUGAAUCUGAGAUGGGACUGGCACUUAAUCGCUACAUUGGCAACUCCAUCCUGCCUGCUCUCAUCAAGCAUUCCAACUUCUAUUCUGAGGCUGACCAGCAUGCACCGCUCCUUGAUGCCACACUGCACACUGUCUACCGUCUCUCCAAGUGCAAGAUCUUGACAAAGGGGCAGCGUGAGGGUGUGUCAGACUUCCUGGUUGCUCUAACGCGAGAGAUGCAGCCUGCCGCCCUCCUGCCACUCCUCCGCAAGCUGACCAUUGAUGUGUCAAAGCUGUCUGAGUACACCACUGUGGCUCUCAGGCUCCUCACACUUCACUAUGAGCGUUGUGGCAAAUACUAUGGCACCUCAUCCAACACUCCUGGCACGGCAUCAGAGGAGGAGAAGCGCCUCACCAUGAUGCUCUUCACCAAUAUCUUUGACUCCCUGGCCAAGAUGGAGUAUGAUCCAGAGCUUUUCAGCAAGGCACUCCCAUGUCUGUCUGCCAUUGGGUGUGCUCUGCCUCCUGAUUACUCCCUGACUCAUGGCCAUGAGGAGGAGCUUUACAACACAUCCUCCUGCUCUGAAGGUCCUUACAAGCCUAUGCCGAUUGACACCACUGAUGUGCACCUGGAUGACGACAUUCAGGACCUGAUCAAGAAAUUCAGCGAGCAUUACCAUGAUGCUUGGGCCUCAAGAAAGCUGGAAAGUGGCUGGAGUUAUGGUGAAACUUGGUCUGGAGAGGAGAAGCUGCACCCAAGACUGAAGCCAUUCAACAUGCUGUCAGAUUAUGAGAGGGAGCGUUACCGGGAGCCAGUGAGGGAUGCCACCAAGGCCUUACUGGCAAUCAAGUGGAAGAUUGAGUAUGAGAGCGAGGGUGUGUCCACCAGUGGCAGGGAACAGCUGCACCGCCAGGACACUUCUGACUUGUAUAACUACAACCCUCAACCAGUGGAUAUGACCAACCUCACACUGUCCAGGGAGAUGCAGAACAUGGCUGAGCGUCUUGCUGAGAAUGCACAUGAUAUCUGGGCCAAGAGGAAGAAGGAGGAGGUGGAAGCAUGUGGCGGUGGCAUCCACCCCCAGAUGGUGCCGUAUGACAUGCUCACGGAGAAAGAGAAGCGCAAAGACCGUUUCCGCUCAGUCGAGCUCCUCAAAUAUUUACAGUUCAUGGGCUACAAACUCACCAGGGGCCAUGGUGAUGGUGAGGAUUCUGGUGGUGCCUCUGGAGCUGUGGAGCGUCGCUUUGCUUACAGUUUGUUGGAAAAGCUACUGCAGUACCUUGACUCUGCAGCAGUCAACAUGAAGCUCCUGAAACCCUCAUCCAAUUUCUCAAGACGUAGUUCCUUCAAGACCUCCACCAAAGAUGUCAAAUUCUUCUCCAAGGUGGUUUUGCCUCUGAUGGAGAAAUACUUCAGCACCAACCGCAACUACUUCCUGGCGGUGGCAAUGACAAACAACAUGGUGGGCAGUGCAUCCCUCAAGGAGAAGGAGAUGGUUGCCUCACUCUUCUGUAAGCUGGCCAACCUCAUGCGCACCAAGAGCACCUGCAUCGGCUCAGACACCAAGGUGACUGUCAAGUGUCUGCAGGUUAUUGUCCGUUCAGUAGACGCCAAGACACUUGCCAAGAAUCUGCCAGAGUUCAUUCGUACAUCAAUGCUCACCUUCUUCAACAAUGCUGCUGUUGACAUGGAGCACUGCAUUCAGUGCCUGCAGGAGGGCAAAUAUGCAUACAUUCGUGGGACGCACCUGAAGACCUCUGCAUCCCUCAACUACAUCCAGACAGUGCUGCUGCCAGUGCUCACCUCCCUCUUUGACCACACAGCCGCCUGCGAGUUUGGCCAAGAUCUGCUGUUGGAUGAGAUUCAGGUUGCCUGCUACAAGAUUCUGGCAGCUCUCUACCAGCUGGGAAUAGACCUCACCCUUGACAGCGGCAAAACCUUCAUGAAGAAGGAACUUGACCGCCACAGACCUGCUAUUGGAAACUGCCUAGGAGCCUUUGCUGCCACCUUCCCCAUUGCCUUCCUGGAGCCCAUGAUGAACAAGAACAAUCCUUGGAGCAUCCACAACCGCAUUGCUGACCAGUCCCUUGAGGCCCAGGAAAUCAUUUCCAAAAUGGACACUGCAAUGCCCAACCUGGAGGCAGUACUAAAGCAGGUGGAGAAGUUUGUGGAGGAGGAGUCCAAGCACAGCGACCAACCGUACAUCAUUGACGUCAUUCUGCCCAUGCUGUGCUCUUACCUACCCUUCUGGUGGAACCAAGGGCCAGACAAUGUCAAUCCUUCUGAAGGAAACCACGUUUCAAUGGUUACAUGUGAGCACAUGAAUCAACUGCUGCGUCUGGUGCUGCGGCUCAUCAUGUACAAUGUUGGUGUGGAGAAUGCCCCAUGGAUGACCCGCAUUGCUGGCUACACACAGCAGAUCAUCAUCAACUCAAGCGAAGAGCUUCUGCGAGAUCCUUAUCUUCCUCUGGCAGACCGAGUACACAAGCGUGCUGAUUACAUGUUUAACAAGGAGGAGAACCUGCGAAGCUUCCUGAAGUCCACCACUGAAGACACCAGUCAGGUGGAGAGUCAGCUACAGGAGGAAUGGCAGCUGCUCACCAGGGACAUAUAUGCCUUCUACCCACUGCUCAUCAAGUACGUGGACCAGCACCGCAACUACUGGCUCAAAAAUGGCGUCCCAGAGGCUGAGGACGUGUACAACAGAGUGGCACAGAUUUUCCACAUCUGGUCCAACUCUCAGUAUUUCAGACGUGAGGAGACCAACUUUAUUAGUCAGAAUGAAAUUGAUAACAUGACGUUGAUCAUGCCCACCACAUCCUCUCGCAACCGCCAAGCCACAGCGCCUGAUCCAUUGGCCAGCACAGGAGGCAAGGUCAAGAAAAAGAAAAAACGUAGUGGCACCAAGAAGACCAACAAAGAAAAGGAGCUGGCCUCAUCUUUGAUGGUGGCGUGUCUCAAGCGUCUGCUGCCUGUCGGUCUCAAUCUUUUUGCAGGACGUGAGCAGGAGAUCGUCCAGCACUGCAAGGAGAAACAUUUAGCGAAAGUGGCCGAGAACGAGAUCCUGGACUUUGUCAGGACACAGCUGACACUGCCAGACAAGUAUGAUCCAUCAGACGCCAUGAACUGGCAGCACACACUGUACUCCAGGCUGGGCGGCGGCCGAACACCCCGUGAAGAUGAGGAAGACAAGAAGCUGGUGCCCACCGUCGACGACACUGUGGAGCGUAUCGUGGCCAUGGCUAAAGUUCUCUACGGCCUCCAUAUUGCCUGCACCCCUCCUGCCUCUGGCGUGGGCUGGAGGAAACUGCUGUCGUUUGCUCGCAAGCGUGCUGCCAUCGCCUGCCUCCGCUCCGUGCCCUUCUAUAACAUCCGCAGGCAUCGCGCCGUCAACCUAUUUCUACGAACCUACCAAGAAUACUGGCUAUCAGAUGAGAACAUUGGCCAAGAAGUGGUUAUUGAGGACCUCACACAAUCCUUUGAGGAGGCUGAAAGUAAGAAGAAGGAGGCUGAAGAAGAAGAAGGUAAGCCUGACCAGCUGACACAACUGGUGACAACAUUCAGCCACAAAGCAACCACGGAACACACUGGCGUGCUGGCUGAGGAUCCGCUGUACAUGACCUAUGCUGAGAUAAUGGCUAAAUCCUGCGGUGAAGAGGAGGAAGAGGGUGAAGGUGAUGAGGGCGGAGGUGAAGAGGAGGGCGGUAAUGAAGAUCCUGCUGCCGCUCUUAAUGAACAAGAGUUGGAGAAGCAGAAGCUCUUGUUCCAUCAAGCACGUCUGGCCAACCGUGGUGUUGCUGAGAUGGUGCUGCUGCAUGUGUCUGCUGCACGUGGCCAGCCUUCAGAGAUGGUCAUGAUGACUCUGAAGCUUGGCAUUGCUAUCCUCCGCGGUGGUAAUGUCGAUGUUCAGGCGGCCAUGUUGAACUACCUCAAAGAGAAGAAAGAUGCUUCCUUCUUCUUGUCCAUUUCGGGACUCAUGAACUCCUGCUCAGUGCUUGAUUUGGACGCUUUUGAGCGCAACACCAAAGCAGAGGGUCUGGGUGUUGGCGCUGAUGGCUGCGCUGGAGAGAAGAAUAUGCAUGAUGCUGAGUUCACCUGUGCAUUGUUCCGCUUCAUCCAACUGACCUGUGAAGGCCACAACCUCGACUGGCAGAACUACCUGAGAACCCAGGCUGGCAACACAACCACUGUCAAUGUGAUUAAUUGUACUGUGGACUACUUGUUGCGCCUUCAGGAAUCUAUCAUGGACUUUUAUUGGCAUUACUCUUCCAAGGAAAUUAUUGACCCUGCUGGCAAGUCCAACUUCUUCAAAGCCAUUGGUGUGGCCAGCCAGGUGUUCAACACACUGACUGAGGUGAUCCAAGGUCCGUGUGUGGGCAACCAGCAAACUUUGGCUCAUUCCCGUCUGUGGGAUGCUGUUGGUGGUUUCCUGUUCCUGUUUGCUCACAUGCAGGACAAGCUCAGCAAGCACUCCUCUCAGGUGGAUCUUCUGAAGGAGCUUCUCAAUUUGCAGAAGGAUAUGGUGAUCAUGAUGCUCUCCAUGCUGGAAGGUAAUGUGGUGAACGGCACCAUUGGAAAGCAGAUGGUGGACACGCUGGUGGAAAGUGCCUCCAAUGUUGAGCUGAUUCUGAAGUACUUCGAUAUGUUCCUAAAACUGAAGGACUUGACUGGGUCAACAACCUUCCAGGAUCUUGACAUGAACAAGGAUGGAACCGUCACACCCAUGGAGUUUAAGGAGAAGAUGGAACAGCAGAAGAAUUAUACAACAGAGGAGAUCAACUUCUUGCUGAUGUGCUGUGACUGCAAUCAUGAUGGUAAGAUUGACUAUGUGGAGUUCACUGAGCGUUUCCACAACCCGGCCAAGGAGAUUGGGUUCAACCUGGCUGUGCUGCUCACCAAUCUGUCUGAGCACAUGCCCAAUGAUCCUCGUCUAGCCAGGUUCCUUGAGACUGCCGGAUCUGUCCUCAACUACUUUGAGCCUUUCCUUGGUCGCAUUGAAAUUAUGGGCAGCUCAAAGCGCAUUGAGAGAGUGUACUUUGAGAUCAAGGAGGAGAACAUUGACCAGUGGGAGAAACCACAGAUCAAAGAGUCAAAGAGAGGCUUCUUCUAUGCCAUCGUGACAGAAGGAGACAAAGAAAAGCUAGAGGCCUUUGUUAACUUCUGUGAGGAUGCCAUCUUUGAGAUGCAGCACGCCGCUGCCCUCAUGGAGGAGGAGGAUGAUGCACUGGCUAAAAAGUCUAGUGCUGAUGGCCUCAAGUACCUGAGUGAGGAGGAGGAGGAAAAGACUGGCAUGGAACUAAUCAAGUCUAAGAUUGUCGGCUUCAAGGAUCAAGUAUCAGAGACCUUAGCUGUGCUGGCACCCUCCAAUGUCAAGAAGAAACUGAAAGAGUUGAAGCAGAUGUCCAUUUCUGAGCUGUUGAUGGGUUUCUGUCGCUUGCUGUUCAUGAUCAUGUACCACAGUGUGUUUGGAAUAUUCUACGUGUCUAAAAAGAUAUGGGUUGCCAUGAUGCGCCUGAUGCAAGGACCACCAGCAGAACAGGCAUCACGAAAGGAGGAGAAGUCCGGACCACUUGUACCAUUAUCCGUGCCAGCAUUACCGGAAAUAAGAGAGGCAGAAACAGGACCUCCAGCUAUAGAACACAAACUUGAGGGAGAACUACUUUCACUGGAAGCCAAACCAGAGGAUCCUGGAGAUGAUGAGAGGAUGAAGCCAGUAUUGGAAGCCUUGGCAGAGCUGAAGGAGGACAUCAGCCCUGAGGAGGCCAUCGCAGCUAUGAAGGCUGCGGAGAAGAAGGCAGUGGAGAAACAGCAGGAGGAAGCAAUGCAGGAGGCAGAGGACCAGCCCACCACGGCAGAGGCUGAGCCGCCACCGGUUGCUCAGGUGGACCUGAGCAGCUACAACAAGCGUGCCGUCAGCUUCUUGGCAAGGAACUUCUACAAUCUUAAGUACGCAGCACUGGUGCUUGCCUUCUGCAUUAACUUUAUCCUUCUCUUCUUCAAGGCAUCGGCCAUCUCUGAAGAUGUGGAGGAGGAGGAGGAGGUUACUGUCAUGAGUCCCUUUGCCUUUGGCUCUGGUGACCUGCUGGGCUCUGGGGAUGAAGCAGUGCUGGGUGAUGAUGCAAUAGAUGCAGAACUGGGCUCUGCCAACUUCACUCUAGGAGGAGAGGAAGAGGAGGAGGAGGAGGAAGAGGAUGCUGAGGAAUGGGUGCACAUGGAUGACCGCUACUUCUACCUGGAGCACAUCCUUCGGCUGUUCUCUGUCAGCCACAGCCUGGUCGCUCUCUGCAUGCUGCUUGCCUACUACAAUCUCAAGAUGCCACUUGUGAUCUUCAAACGAGAGAAGGAUGUGGCAAGAAGGCUGGAGUUUGACGGCAUCUAUGUGGCAGAGCAGCCUGAAGAUGAUGACAUCAAGGCUCACUGGGACAAACUUGUCAUUUCUGCCAAGAGUUUUCCCAACAACUACUGGGACAAGUUUGUCAAGAAAAAAGUACGACAAAAGUACAGCGAGACUUACGACUUCGAUGCCAUAUCCAACCUGCUAGGAAUGGAAACAACAAUGAGCUUCAAACAAGAAGAAACAUCCACUGGCAUUGUUGGCUACCUCACCUCAGUGGACUGGAGGUACCAGAUCUGGAAGGCUGGUGUUACAGUUACUGAUAAUCAAUUUUUGUACAACCUGUGGUACCUCACCUUCUCCGUCCUGGGCAACAUUAAUUACUUCUUCUUCGCUGCUCACUUGCUUGAUGUGGCUGUUUCCAUCCCAUCACUCAAGACCAUCUUGCAGUCCGUCACUCAUAAUGGCAAGCAGCUGAUCCUGACUUGCAUGUUGCUCACCAUCAUAGUGUACUGCUACACUGUCAUUGCCUUCAACUUCUUCAGAAAAUUCUAUGUUUCUGAGGAGGAUGAUGUAGUGGACCAGAAGUGUCAUGACAUGCUGACGUGCUUCGUGUUCCACCUGUACAAGGGAGUAAGGGCUGGUGGUGGCAUUGGUGACGAGAUUGAGGCCCCAGAUGGCGACGAGUAUGAGUUUUACCGCAUCAUCUUUGACAUCACUUUCUUCUUCUUCAUCAUUGUUAUCCUGCUGGCCAUCAUUCAGGGUUUGAUCAUUGAUGCUUUUGGUGAAUUGAGAGACCAGCUGGAGUCAGUGAAGGAGAACCUGGAGAGCUACUGUUUCAUAUGUGGCAUAGGCAGUGACUACUUUGAUGCGGUCCCACAUGGGUUUGACAUGCACGUCCUGAAGGAGCAUAACUUAGCAAAUUACAUGUUCUUCUUGAUGCAUCUGAUCAACAAAGAUGAAACAGAGUACACAGGCCAGGAGACAUAUGUGUGGAACAUGUACCAACAAAGGUGUUGGGAUUUCUUCCCAGUUGGUGACUGCUUCAGGAAACAAUAUGAGGAGGAAUUGUCUGGUGGAGGGUCAGCCAGUUGAGCAACUCUUCCCGCACUUCCUCUUUUGCUUUACAUUUAGGUGGUAUGGACACAGGUUUUUUGGUACUGAUAAUUCAUGGUGUUCACUUGCUAAUUCGCAGCAUCACGCAGUGCAGACAAGGAUCUGGCACCACUCCUCUCCCUUGCGUGUGUGUGUGCUUGUGAAGGUUGUUGAGGCCCAGUGUUGAGCCCUGCUGCUUGGAUGGGAGCUUAACACUACACCCUCAAGUAGCUCUUGACAUUUAGAAAACAUAUAUAUAUAUAUAUAUAUAUAUAUAUAUAUAUAUAUAUAUAUAUAUAUAUUAGCUAUAUAUGUACCAUAGAAGUUUGUAUAAAUUAGGUAUAUAUGUAUAGCAGGUAAAUUCAGCAGAAAUGCCAGCUACUCCGAAUCAUCCACAGCAAGUGAGAGCAUUUUGUCAAAAGAAAAUGGCGUAUUAGUGCUUCAGAGAAUACUAGUUAAAGCAGCAAGACAAUUGUGCGUGUGAUAUUAAUGUAAUGUACUACUCUGUGGUGAUCCCAGACUCUGGUGAAGGCAGUAGCGCAGCAGCUUGUUUCCUGUCCCCAACCUGAGGCAUGAGGCGAUGCAGAACAACUUGUGGAACUGUCACUGCAGGUCACUUUGUUACGUUAUCCCCACCACCAAGGUGUGUGUGUGUGUGUGUGUGUGUGUGUGUGUGUGUGUGUGUGUGUGUGUGUGUGUGUGUGUGUGUGUGUGUGUGUGUAUAGUUCCACCAGUCGUCCUACCAACAUUGAAGUCACAUCUUUACUCUCCACCCUCUCCUCUUCUGAGUUUUGAUCAUUUACUGCAGAGAAGAGAGAAUAAUAAACAAAUUUAAAGAGGCCUUAGUAACAAGAGGUGUGGCUUUUACCUGUGUUAUUAUUUAAGAUUUUUUAUGUGCAUGCCUUUCUUUGAGAGUCUGUUAUAUAAAUGAAUGGUCAUGCCUACCACCUGUGUCCAGAAGGUGGCUGGAACACAACACCAAGUACCUAAGAUUUUUGUCCACGCCUCCCUCACCCGUGCUGUAGAUACUGAAGGAGUCAAGCUGGGGUGGUGGGGAAGGCACUGCAUGCCCUCUUACCCUCCUUGACUCUCAUGUACAUUCAAUGCAACAAGAAUGAAAACUGCAAAUAGCUCAGCACCCAUCUUGUGUCUUUCCCUUGUUAGCCAUCCUGACCUUGUCCAAAUCUUAACUUUAGCCAGCAACUACUCUCUCUUUUAUUUAUUUGUUUAUUUUCUAUGCUAUUAAUUCUUCAUGGACUGAGAGGAUCUUAAUGUUUGUUAAAUAUUUAUUGGCUAACAUCACCUAUUCUGAUUUACACUUAGUGUAUAUCAGUCAGGUAUACUAUCCCUCUCUCAUGGAUGAAGGGGGUUACCAAUCCUGUAUGAAGUUUAGAGCCAGUGCUAAGUUGCCUCUGGACCUUGAUUUCUUCCACUGCUGUCGUAUUUUAUUGUCAUAUGUCCAAGGAGUCCAAUCAGUGUUUUAAAUGACUGGAUUCUCUCCACAGAUAGCUUCCUUGUUCACCUUCCUUCAUUCCCUCCCUCCCUUACCCCCCUCUCCCUCUUCUAAGCGAUACGAUAGGCUUACGAACUCAUGGUUGCAGAUUAUUUCUCCCUCGUCCCGACACUCACAGUCCUGUUCAGCAGUCCAGCUUGGGAUCGUUCUGCAUCAUACACAUCGAUUGAUUUUUUUUUAUUCAUUUAUUUUAUAUUAUUAUUAUAUUGAUAGUCUACUCUUUAGUUAAAUAAACUGUAAGAUAA